GUUACCUACCCGCAAACCGCAAACCGCAAACCGCAAACCGCAAACCCAUACUAUAUAUCUAGACUACACAGUUAAUAUGCGGAGAACAAAAGAAGAAAAAUCAUUCUUUCUCUACGAAACGGGGCGAGAACUUGAUGUUUUAUGCCUGGGAAAUCUCGUCUUGGGCGAUUAUACCAAUCCGACGACGGCACGACACUACACGCAUCGACCUUUGACAGAUAUCGAGACUGAAAAUUAUGUGUCUGCGUCCGAGCUGAGCGAAUGUACUAUUCGCAAUGGCUCGAGUUGGGGUCCUGGAUUGAGCGUCACGGCUAGCGGCUUCAGCCAGGCAUCGUUGAAAUUCGAUGAUAGCAGUACAACAAUCGUGGCGGCAAAAAAAGGAAGACGAGUUGUCCUCAAAAAUCCGGGGACCUUUCUCAAUUUCCAUAUAUUAAGGACCCCUGAGGCGCAAAAUGAACUUCGGAAAUGGGUGUCGGCUGCACGCAGCGACUUAAUUCUGAAGCUGAAAUCCUUGCGCACGCCCAAAAUUUGGAUGCUGACGGGAGUGUACAUUCUUGACGACGCAGCUGUGCUUUCGAUCUCAAAACGAGACCUACACACAAGUAUUGGAAUCGGCUCGAACACGCUCUUUGAUUUAAUGACAGUCCCGGUUGGAGGAUCGAUUGGCCUCGGAAGCAGUAGUUAUCUCGAGUCGAGGAUGUCAUUUACCGGUUCUCAUGUCUGGGCUGCGCAGUAUCGACUUCUUGAUAUCAGAUAUAUCAAGAUUGAGCCUGGACAGGAUUCGGUGGAUUUGCCCAGUCAGAUAUUGCUGUACCCGAAAAUUACCAGUCAUGGUGUUCUAAGGGGGUCUCCUAGUGCGAGUCAGGCUGAUCAAGCGCACGUAUGUAUUGCAGCAGAGGAUUCUUCUGAUACCGAGAUGCAGAAGCUUGACCGGUCGGAAGACGAGGAGUACAAUUCUCUACUUGAUGAAGAGAUUCAAUUUAUGGAAGAUAUCUUAGGCGACGAAGUCUAA